AUGCAAAGUAUGGCCGCCACACUCAGUCUUCUCAAGCUCCCCAUUCUUCCAACCAUCAAGACACGCCAAACAACCUCAAAACAUGUUCCACUUCCAUCCAUAUCUUCCAAACUCAAUAUAGUCCCUACCCCACAAAAGUUUCUAGAUCAAAACAUCAACACUCUCAAACACACUUCUCUUUCCCUCACAGCAAUCACAUUACCUUUCUUGCUGGAACAGAAUGAUGCACUUGCUGUUGGAGGAGAGUUUGGGAUAUUUGAAGGAAGAACAUUUGCUCUUAUUCACCCCAUUGUGUUGGGUGGAUUCUUCUUUUAUACCCUUUAUGCAGGCUAUUUGGGAUGGCAAUGGCGAAGAGUUAGAACGACUCAGAAUGAAAUCAAUGAACUCAAGAAACAAGUCAAGCCUGCUCCUGUCACCCCAGAUGGUAAAGCUCUGGAAACUUCACCACCAUCACCUGUUGAACUCAAAAUCCAGCAACUUACUGAGGAGAGGAAAGAGCUAAUCAAAGGUUCAUAUAGGGAUAAACACUUCAACGCAGGAUCCAUACUUCUAGGAUUUGGCGUCUUUGAGGCUGUUGGUGGAGGACUCAACACAUGGUUAAGGACAGGAAAGCUAUUUCCGGGUCCACAUUUAUUCGCAGGAGCAGGUAUUACGGUGUUAUGGGCACUGGCAGCAGCGCUAGUACCACCAAUGCAGAAAGGGAGUGAAACAGCGAGAAAUCUUCACAUUGCGCUGAAUACAUUGAAUGUUCUGCUCUUUGUGUGGCAGAUUCCCACUGGACUUGAUAUUGUAUGGAAAGUGUUUGAGUUCACAAAUUGGCCUUGA